AAAGGAGUCGCUCCUUUGUAUCACCGACUUUAAGUCAUUAGUGACUUCUUUUCGUUUGAGAGUAUCCAAAGACAUUCUGUGUCAUUUUUCGUGUUUUUCCUCUAAUAGUAAUUUGACAUGAACAAGAGUAAAGGAGAAAAUGUAUAUCAACCUCUAUCAGGCGCAACAACAGCAAGUGGAAAGACUGCAUUGACCGCAGUCAAGGGACUUAUGGAAGAGUUUAUUUCACCACAGACCAAUGUUGACAAACUUGUUGAUGAGCUUCGACCAGUUUACAUUGAUAGAUCUCAUACAUUUGUGAAGGAAGAAGAAAAAAAGGAAGAGAAAAAGAAGCUCAAGAGGAAAAAGGAUCGUAAACUGACGGCCAAGGAAAAACGAGUACUGAAAGUAUACGAGAUUCCAAAAGAAGCACAUCAAUAUAAACUAUUUGAACCACUCUCUGAGCUAUGGCAGGGGUAUAUGGAUACCCUAUUGGAUAAAGGCGAAGCCAAUUUUGAACAGAAACUGAUCAAGGCCGAUUUUCAUGGAGCACCGUUUACAGUCAUUCAGAGUACAAAUCCAUCUUAUGUGGGUGUAUCAGGCAUUGUCGUUCAAGAGACACUCUCAACAUUCAAAAUCAUUACGAGACAAAAUAGAUUAAAGCAGAUACCCAAGAAUACGAGCAUAUUCAAUAUAUACAUCAAAAAGCUGGACAAGUCAUUUACUAUUUAUGGACAACAAUUUGUGGCAAGACCCUCAGAUAGAGCCGCAAAGAAAUUCAAACCAAAACCAUCCAUUGAUCUCUAAACUAUUAGACUUUACUCGCAAACACAUA